AUGACUCGCCUCUCAUAUCUCAAACUUCUUACCUCCCUCCUCUUUGCAUCAACCCUAGCCUGCACCACAGACGAAGAAUGCAGUCUAAAUGGAAUCUGCAAAAGCAAUUCCUGUAUCUGUGAUCCAGGCUGGACGAACUCAGACUGUGGAAAACUAGCCCUUCGCCCAGGUCCCCGAUCAAACGGAUACAACCGUACAUCCGAGGGGAUAUCAUCCUGGUGUAAUGGAAUAAUCCGUGAUCCCAACAACAAAGACCUCUACCAUCUCUUCAUCUCCGAAUUCAUGCAUGGCUGUGGUCUUGAUUAUUGGUCUUCAUAUAGCUAUAUCAUCCGUGCCGAAUCCCAGAAUGGUCCUUUAGGUCCAUAUGCCUCAAAACAAGAGAUCCUUCCUACAUUUGCACACAAUCCCACUGUCAUUUGGAGUAGGAAGGAUAAACAGUAUCUACUGUAUAACAUUGGAUGUCCUCAAUCCGUCCCAUCUACAUGUCAAGAUGUGAAUCUCACAUGUGGACCUGGGAAUAAUGAGAAUGGUGAAAGCGGAAUAAGUGUGUUAUCAUCAAGAGACCUGAUCAACUGGUCGAAACAUGGUCAAGUCUUUCCUGGUCUGGAUAAUGCAGCUUGGGAUGCUGAUACAACGAAUCCGGGUCCAUUACAUGUUCAUUCGAGUUCUCAUUCAUUCAGUGAAACGAUUCUCGCAUAUCGUGGUUGUCCUUAUAACUGUAAUGGCACCGAGCUCAUUAAUAUCGCCUCUGCGACCGAUUAUCCAGAUCCUUAUACGCCUAUUCAUCCACGAGAUCCGAUUUUCGAGCAAGCAAGUGAGGAUCCGUUCAUGUGGAUGGAUAAACGAGGGAACUUUCAUCUUUUAGUACACUCGCUACUAUCUGAUGCGGGAUUUGGUGCUGGUCCUAAUGUUGGACGUCAUGCUUAUUCGAGAUCUUGGGAUGGUCCUUGGACUUUUGAUAUGGAGACUGUUGCUUUUAAUACGACUGUUGAGUUUAGUGAUGGAUCGAGUAUUGAUUAUUAUCGACGAGAGCGGCCGAAUUUGUUUUUUAGUGAUGAUGGGGAGAUGAGACCUCUGUUUCUUUCAACUGGAGUUCAGGAGGUAAACUCUCCUGCUAGUUAUUCCCUUAUUCAACCUAUUGGAGAGGGAAAUCGAAGGUACUGGCAGCCAAGCGAAUGA